CCAAUCAAAGAGGAGAGGGGGGGGGGGACAAAAGAAAAUCUAGGACUACUCUAAUGGCCCAACAAAUUGUUUCUUUCUACUAUUGUGAGUUGGAAUUGGUUGGCCCAUUAACUCCGCCGGCACUUUAGGUCUUACUAACUAAACCAAAGACACGGAUUAAUGAAGGGUCAUGUGAACCUCACCAUGACAAACAAAAGCUUUAGGUGGAGAAUAUGAUGAGAUGCCACCAAUCUUAGGUUUAUAUAUAUUUAUACAAUGUAGCUAGCUAGGUUACCAUAUGACAUUAUUGGUGGCCGAAAAAGAAAGCUCCAAGUCGAUCGAUAAGAUGAAGAAGUGCCUCGUGGUGCUGAGAGGGUGCGAGCCCGACGGUCGAAUUCGUUGCAGCGAAGCGUGCGUGAGGAGGGUGGUGAGAUAUGGCGAGUGCCAGAAGAACCACGCAGCGAGCAUCGGAGGCCACGCCGUGGACGGGUGCAGGGAGUUCAUGGCGGGGGCUGGCGAGGAGGGAACGAGCGGAGCCCUCACGUGUGCGGCCUGCGGGUGCCACCGGAGCUUCCACCGGAGGUUGCAGGAGUACGAGGCUGCAUGCGACUGUUCUUCGGAAACAUAGCGGAUGCAGUAAGAUACACUACCACUACCACUACUACUACUACUACUACUACUACAUUCAACGCAUAGGCUUAAUUGUGAUGUGCCUUCGUGUUGCUACGUGUUGUUUCUUUUCGAUCGUGCUCUAGGAUCUUGUUUUAAUUAAUCUCUAAACUAAGAUUUUAGUGUGUGUGUGUAUGUGUGUGCAUAUCUUUUGUUUCUUUGUCUUUUCCCAUUGUUUCCUGAAUAUAGCUUUGUGAUUGUGAUUUAUUGUCACUGUUUCUGGAAGCAUAAUAUAUUUGUACCAUUGUUAUUUCA